GAGAAAUGGAAAAGUCAGGAUGCGGAGGAGUCGUCGAUGAAGAAGGAUGCAGAUUUGGAAAGUAGCAAGAACAUCGCUUUGAAGAAGGCGAAAGGGAAGGUUGCUUCCAGUAACGAGGAUGGGGAAUCGAGUCUGAAGACAUGGAUGGCCGAGAACUUUGGCGCAUCACUAAAACGGAUCGCCGAUAAGCUUGAAGUCGUCGACAAGAAAACGAAGGCUGCCGACAAGCAUCAAGAAGAACUAGCGAAGAAGAUCAAAGAACUGCACGAACGCAAGAACGAGUCAAGGAGCAACGAGAAGAGGAAGAGGAUAGUGGGGAACAAUUCGCAUGCAGAACGACUGAGAUCGAAGUCGAAAUCUCGCAGCGGCGGGGUGAAAAUCAGGCAACCCAGGAUUCUAUUGUCAUCAGAUGAAGAAAACUCAGAGAAAUGCGCUCAGAAGGCCCUGAUUGAAGGGCAACCCAAUGCGCAACCAAGCAACGAAGUGCAAUUGGAGGAUAUAAUAAAGAUGCUUGAGAUUAUGGCAUGGAAGAUAUCACGAGGUGCAGAAAACGCGACAUCAGACCACAAGAUGGAUGACAAGGGGAAAGGGAAGAUGUCAGUCAUCGCGAAAGAAGAUACUCCGGUGGUAGAAGGAGAAGACUCCGACGAUGAGAGCGAGAAACGAAAGAUCAACCGGAACACCAACUGCAACGCCGACGCCAAGGAGACCGGCAUCAUCGAGUACAUGUGACAGAGACUGGACCACUACAUGGAGAUGACGGGGAAGAAAGUGAAGAGCAUCUGCAUAAAGAGG